AUGGCGAGACUGUGGAGAACCCUGACCAUCCUCUGUCUGGUAGCUCUUCAAUACUGCCGUGGGACGGGCGCGUCCUUUGACCUCGAGGGACGAGCCCCGACCGCUGCACUUGCGGGAGCUGAAGGAGACGGACAAGACAGCAAUAUCGUUCUGAGGAGAGAGAUCAACGACUUUCUGAGGCUCAACGAUGGCAAGACUGCCAAUUUGUUCCUGCUUGCGCUGCGGCAGCUCUAUUCGAAGGACAAGGGGGAUCUCAUGUCUUUCUGGGAGGUCGCCGGCAUCCAUGGACGACCACAUCGAAGCUGGAACAAUGAAGGGCAGACUGGCAGUGGCGGAGGCUGGGCUCCUCAUUCAUCAACACUGUUCCUCACCUGGCACCGCGCUUUCCUCGGACUAUUCGAGCAAGUCAUCUAUCAGAAUGCCCAGCAGAUCUUGGACGCUGCGACCAUGGAGUUCCAAAAUGGAUACAGGCAGGCACUGCAUGAUCUACGAUUGCCAUACUUCGACUGGGCAUCAAAUGGUGGUCGAAUGCCGGAUAUCUUGACCCUGCCGAAAUGGAACGUCGUCCUACCCGACACCAAUGGGACGUUCAACGACGACGAGUGCUUUCCGCAUGCGCCUCAGAACACAUGGAAUCGAUCGGUACGAUCUCCUAGCUCCCAUGAGCCUGAUGCUGUCAGUGAACUGUCGCAUAUCCAGGAGCAUCUAGCGGCGAACACCACAGGCUUGCAACGACGGAUCAAGGCACUUCUUCUUGAUGACAAGUAUAGCACUUGGCCAGCAUUCAGCAACGAGGGUUCGACUGAAGCGACGUACCAAAGCAUUGAGGCGCUCCAUAACGACUUUCACCAGCUUAUCGGCGGCCCCAAUACUGGCCAUAUGACUUACUACGACUAUGCAGCGUUCGAUCCGAUAUUCUAUCUUUCUCAUGCCAACCUCGACCGCCUCUGCGCGAUCUGGCAAAUUAUGCAUCCCGAUGCAUGGGUCACCCCUCAGAUCAACCAAAAGGGCAACUUCGGCACUCUAGCAAACGAUACCGAAAGCACCGGGACGCCUUUGAAACCUUUUCGAGACAGCAACGGCAAAUUCUGGACCUCCAAUGAUGUCCGCAACAUCAUGGCUUUGGGAUACUCGUAUCCCGAGCUUCAGCUCAAACCGCAUAGUAACGGUGCGACUGGCUUCAGAGACCAUGUCAGGGGACAGGUUGAGGGAUUGUACGGCUCUGCUUCGUCUGCGCCAGAAAUGACGUUUGCGCCUGUGGUUUAG